GGAGAAAAGAUAGAGAGCGAGGGACAGGUGAAAGUACUCUUCUGCACUUGAGCACUUGGACUUGAACGUGGCGAGGCUGAGAUUUGUGUGUCGUAAGUGCGGUCAACUUAAGUCCAUCGUCAGCAGAACCAACAAAAACAGCAAUUAGAAACCGAUUGCAUUCGAAAUACGACACGCGACGUUUGCUUCCAGUUCUACGAUUGUAUGGAAAACACGAUGAAUGUUCUUGGUCUCGAUCUGUGCACUUGUCUGCUGCUCGCCGCAAGUCUGAUUGUCGUCGGCGCCGUCGCCCUCGUUUUCCUGCUGAAGCUAUACGCGUCCCGCACCUGUGGAUAUUUUAAAGAUAAGAAAAGGAUGGACGGAAAGGUGAUCCUCAUCACCGGCGCCAACGGAGGCAUCGGCAAAGAGACGGCCAGGGAGUUGGCAGCCAGAGGAGCCAAAGUAAUCAUGGCCUGCAGGAACGUAGACACCGGCAACGAGGCCAAAGACGACAUUGUGAAAUCCACGGGAAAUAAUAACAUUAUCGUGAAAAAAUUGGAUUUAUCAUCGCAGAAAUCGAUCAGGGAGUUUGCAGCUGAUCUCAUCAAGACUGAGCCGAAGCUCAACGUCCUGGUGCAUAAUGCUGGUACCGCCGAGAAGAAGACACAAGUCACCGAGGAUGGCAUCGAACUCACGAUGGCAACCAACCAUUACGGACCGUUUCUGCUCACCCACCUGUUAAUUGAUCUGCUGAAGAAAUCUGGACCGAGUAGAAUCGUCGUUGUUGCUUCAGAGUUGUACAGAUUUUCGACACUGAACUUGAACAAAUUGAACCCCGUCGAUGCGUACGUGCCUCUCUACUUGUACUACGUGUCCAAGUACGCCAACAUCUGUUUCACAUUGGAGCUGGCCAGGAAAUUGGAAGGCACCAAUAUCACCGCAAAUUGUCUGCAUCCCGGCAUGGUGGAUUCGGGCAUCUGGAGGAACGUUCCAUUCCCGCUGAACAUCCCCACAAAACUGAUAGUGAAGGGAAUGUUCAAAACGCCGGCUCAGGGUUGCCAAACGAGCGUCUUUCUCGCCGUCUCUGAUGAGGUGGAAGGCGUCAGCGGCAAGUACUUCAUGGACUGCAAGGAGCGCGGCCUCUCGUCCGGCGCCACGGAGGUCAGCAAAGCUAGGAAACUGUGGGAGUUCUCCGAGAAGUUGGCUAAUUUAAAAGAAACCGAUCCGAAAAUAUAAAAUUGAUCGUAUUUAUUUAAUAAUUUUUAGUUUUUUUAUUUGA